CACCAAAAGUUCAAGACAGAGUCGCAAUCGUCGGUUACCCCCAUAUUGUAUACUACAUACUAGUCUUCUUGCAUCUUCUAUUUAACUAAUUAAUUAGUAUGAUCAUCAGAUCCAUCUAACAUAAUAUUUAUUCACCACCAUGGCUACUUCACUACCGCUUCAAGACAGAGUCGCAAUCGUCACCGGCUCCUCCCGCGGAAUAGGCAAAGGCAUCGCAAUUCACCUAGCUUCACUCGGGGCAAAACUUGUCAUCAACUACACCUCCAAUUCAAACCUCGCUGACUUAGUCGCUGAGGAGAUAAACGCCAACCAACCCACUCUACGAGCCAUAACCAUCCAAGCUGACAUCUCUGAUCCAGCCGGUGUGAAAUAUCUCUUCGACUCCGCCGAAGAAGCAUUCUAUUCUCCGGUUCACAUCCUUGUCAAUUCAGCCGGAGUUAUCGCCUACGAUUCACCUACCAUAGCCAACAUAACCGUUGAAAACUUCGAUCGCAUCAUGAAUGUGAAUGCAAGAGGAGCAUUUCUAUGUGGAAAGGAAUCGGCGAACAGGUUAAAGCGUUGCGGCGGAGGGAGAAUUAUAUUUCUGUCAACUUCGUUGGUGGCGGCGUUAGAGCCAGGUCAGGGCGCGUACACUGCGGCGAAGGCGGGAGUGGAAGCGAUGACGAAGAUUCUAGCGAAGGAGCUGAAGGGGACAGGGAUUACCGCAAAUUGUGUGGCUCCUGGAGCUACUGCGGCGGGGAUGUUUUUGGUAGGGAAGACAGAGGAGAUGGUGAAGAAAAUUGGAGAAGAAAAUCCAAUUGGUAGAAUUGGUGAGAGCAAGGAUAUUUCCCAUAUUGUUGGAUUUUUGGCUACUGAUUCUGCUGAAUGGGUUAAUAGUCAAACUAUUCGUGCAAACGGAGGUGUUGUUUAG